CCUGCUCGCAGUCUCAGACACUCUCACGUUGCUCAUCAAGUAUAGUUCUGCCUUCGGCAUACCUACUCUUCUCGUUAAGCUCUCUCGCUACCAGCGGCAGUAGCAAUCCAGACCCCUUACUUAGCUGGCGACUGGCAAAACCUAACGCAGGAUGACGAAACACAGCAAGAACAACACGGCGUCCUCCAUCUUCUCGUACGCCGAGUACAAGAAGCUCGAUUACGGGACCAAACGCCAACGUCUAGGGAACGAGUCGAUGCGCCGCUUCGACGCGUGCGCUCUCUGCUUGCAGCGCGCCCGCGACCCUGUAGCGUGCCAGAAGGGGCACUUGUUCUGCAAAGAGUGCGCGUUGACGGAUCUCGUGACUCAGAUCAGCGACAUCAAAAGACAGAAGGUCCGUCUAGAGGCACUGAAGAAGGAAGCGGAGGAGGAACGAGAACGCGCACGAGAGGCCGCGAGGGAACGUGUACUGCGCGAGUUCGAGAAGGGCCAGCUUGGCCUGGCGGCGACGUCCAUCGUCUCGACGUCCUCGAGCAAGGCGGAAUCUUCGGAAGCACGAGGAACAAAACGCAAGUUCGACUUCGACACGAGUGCAGUGGCGAGGCUUACUCGCGAAGCUGAGGAGGCCGCUCUCCGGCAGAUCGAGCGCGAGCAAGCCGAGGCUCUGAAGAGCAAGCUGCCCGACUUUUGGCUUCCGUCGCUCACGCCGACGUACACGUCCAGCGGCCCGCCCACUUCGCUUUCGGACGUGAAGCUACAAACGACAUGUCGCGGCGGGAACCCAGCACAUCCGCUCGCGCGGAAACACCUGAUCCCGGUGAAAUGGUCCUUCGACAGGACGUCCAGCGGUAUUCCCGCGAAGUCCGUAGAGUCUACACCUGCAACAGAGAGUGGCGAAACCCCUGAACCGACGUCCAAGACACCUCGGGAGGACGAACGGCCACCCAUAUGUCCGUCGUGCAAAAAGCAGCUGUCCAACAACACCCUCAUGCAUUUGAUGAAACCUUGUGGACACGUAACAUGCAAAACCUGCACCGAUACGCUCGUAAUGCCUGCGAAGCAAUGCAUUGUCUGUGACGUGAAGCUUGGAGAGAAGGACAUCAUCGAGCUCACGCGGGAAGGGACUGGAUAUGCGGCAGGAGGUCUGGCAGAGACAUCUAAGCGCGGGGUUGCAUUCCAGGGCUAGAUGACUCAUGCAGCAGCCUUCGAUACAGGUCUCAG